AUGCAAGAAGAAGCAUUCCACGACUCAUCAGCUGAUCUAACUCAAGAUGAUCAGAUAUGUCUCGAUCAUUUCACUCAAACUCACUCAAGAACACAAGAAGGUAGAUACAUUGUGAAACUGCCUUUUAAAUCAAACGAAUUUUUCAACUACUCAAAAUCAAAGCAACAUGCAGAACUCAUGCUCAAACGACAAGAAGUUCGUUUUACAAAAGAUCCACAACUCCAUCAGCUCUACAGCUCGUUCUUAAAUGAAUACGAAAAACUUGGUCACAUGAUGCCUUCCAGGCAUGAUGUUGAUAUACGCACCAUUUGUUAUUUACCACAUCAUGGUGUUAAAAAAGAAAGCAGCUCUACAACUAAAUUACGUGUUGUAUUUAAUGUAUCUCAACUCAUAGACAAAAAUAAAUCAUUAAAUGACCUAUUGUAUGAUGGUCCUUGCCUACUCAAUAAUCUGAGUGAUGUAAUAACUCGGUGGAGACGGUAUAAAAUUGUCUUUUCAGCAGAUGUUGAAAAGAUGUACCGUCAAAUAUUCAUUCACGAAGAUGACCAAGAAAAACAAAGAAUUCUGUGGCGUCCAACUCCAACUGAACAAAUUAAAAGUUACACAUUAAAGACUGUAACAUAUGGCUUAAAACCAGCUCCAUUUUUAGCAUUGGCAACUCUUCGACAGCUCGAAAAGGAUGAAGGUAUAAAUUAUCCUUUAACCAGCUCAGUGAUAUCACAAGAAUCAUACGUUGAUGAUAUUUUUUCUGGUGCCAAUACACCAUUAGAGUGUAUGGAAAAAAUUGAACAGUUACGUGCACUAUUCAAGGCCGGAGGAUUUCUAUUAAAAAAGUGGUUUUCAAAUAAUGAUACUAUUCUCAGUGUAGUACCACCUGAGGAUAGAGAGCACUCGUCAACAUUGAAUAUACAAGAUGUUGAAGUAUUCAAACAACUCGGUGUACAAUGGCAUCGUAAAAAUGAUACAUUUACAUUCAGCUCACCAUCAGUCUCGAAUAAUACACGUCUCAAUGCAACAAAGCGAGAAGUGUUGUCAAAAGUUGCACAACUGUUUGAUCCAUUAGGUUGGAUCACACCAGUCAUUGUUACUGGAAAAAUAUUCCUUCAAAAAUUGUGGAAUAAACGUGUUGACUGGGAUGAACAGCUUGACAAUGAAUUACAACUCGAAUGA